CAAUUACAACAUUCUGUAAUGGCAAUGGCUCGAAAUCGAUUCAUAGUCUUGUCGUUCGCAUUCAUUGCAAUACUCCUUGGAUUCAUCGUCGCCAUUGCCAUUGGCCGUGAAAGCCCACAGAAGAGCAGCAUCCUUCAAACGAUGGCCCCAAAACCCCUCCAAUUCUCGCCGAACUCUUCAUUCAAGAUUGCGUUAUUCGCAGACCUCCAUUACGGAGAGAACGCAUGGACUGAUUGGGGUCCUCGCCAAGACGUCAAUUCCAAUAGAGUCAUGUCCACAGUACUCGACCUCGAAAACCCAGAUUUUGUAGUUUAUCUCGGAGAUUUAGUGACAGCCAACAAUCUACCUAUCGCAAACGCAAGCUUGUACUGGGAUAUGGCAAUCUCUCCAACCAGAGCAAGAAGGAUUCCAUGGGCAUCAUUGUUUGGGAACCACGACGACAUGCCUUUUGAAUGGCCAAUCGAUUGGUUCUCGGCCUCUGGAGUUCCUCAACUUCGUUGCCCACCUCCUUCGACUUGUCUAACUUCAGGAGAAGAAUCGUGCAGCUUCAAAGGGACACAGCGCGUGGAACUGAUGAAGAAUGAAAUAAUACAGAACAACGGGUCAUCUUAUUCUAUAAAUGGGCCUAAAGAUCUUUGGCCUAGUGUAUCCAACUAUGUACUCCAGGUCUCUUCAUCCCACGAUCCAAAAUCACCUGUGGCUUUUCUCUACUUCCUGGAUUCUGGUGGUGGUUCCUACCCGGAAAUCAUAUCAAACGCUCAAGUAAAAUGGUUUCAGAAUUUAUCACAGGAGCUCAACCCUCAGUCAAGGGUGCCUGAGAUAAUUUUUUGGCAUAUACCAAGUGAGGCUUAUAAAGAGGUUGCUCCAAAGUCUGGAAUACAAAAGCCUUGUGUGGGUUCCAUUAACUUAGAGGCAGUUGCUCCUCAAGAAUCUGAAAUGGGGAUGAUGGAUUUUCUUGUAAAUAGAACUUCUGUCAAGGCUGUGUUUGUUGGUCACAACCAUGGAUUAGAUUGGUGCUGCCCUUACAACAAGCUUUGGCUGUGCUAUGCUCGGCAUACUGGUUAUGGUGGUUAUGGGAACUGGCUUAGGGGAGCAAGAAUUCUUGAGAUGACUCAACAACCUUUCUCACUCAAGUCAUGGAUAAGGAUGGAGGAUGGUGUUACGCAUAGUGAGGUUGUCUUGAGUUCUUGAUGUGUUUCCUCCACUACUUUCAAUACAUACAUCCUCAAAGAUGUGGAAAGAAA